AUGAAAGCCCAACUAACUUUAGAAAAUGGCUCCGAACUCUUAACUACCUUUGCCGUUGUGGAUGAUGUCCCCUCUACCUUGUUAAUUCUUGGCCUUCCCUUCCUGAUUGCUUCGGCAGCUACAUGUAAUUUCAAACGACUGUCCUUUGUGAACCGCGACGGUUUUGCCCGCCUCUACCAGCAACCUGCCAGCACCGACCUGCCGCUUAACUACUCAAUUUCACUCCCUGAUGAUCCCUCCAUAACCGAAGCACUGCAACACGUUACCGACUUGACUGCCCGAGGCGCCGUCGCCGAACUACUCUACAAGUACUCCACUCUCUGGAAAGACCGCAAGCGCGGCGUCGUCUCUACUAUCAAACACGAAAUUCUUCUAACCACUACAAGGCCGAUUGUCAGUCGCCCACGUGUUCGUACCCCGGAACAAGACAAGACAAUUGAUUCGGAGAUCCAGAAAAUGCUCACUGACGAUGUAAUUCGACCAUCUCUCAGUCCCUACGCGUCCGAAAUUGUUAUGGUGUUGAAGAAGACCGGUGAUUGGCGAAUGUGUAUCGACUUCCGUCCCCUGAACAGGGCUACCAUCGACGAUAAGUACCCUCUCCCCAAACUAUCCGAGAUGAUCCGCUCGAUUAAAGAUUCUAGAUAUUUCAUUGCACUCGACUUACGCAGCGGUUACUGGCAAAUUCCAAUGUCCGAAUCCUCCAUUGAAUACACCGCAUUUCGCACCGCCACUGGACUGUACGAAUUCAAGGUAAUGCCGUUUGGUCUUAAGAACGCCCCAGCCACUUUCCAACGAAGUAUGAAUUUCCUACUCGACGACCUUCGCUACUCCGGUGUUCUUGUGUACCUGGACGACAUACUCAUCCACUCCCCGGACAUCCCGACCCUACUCAAACUGACGGACAAA